AUGCAUAAGUGCUGCCUCUUCCUGUUAGGAGUGGUCAUUUACUUCGCCACUUGUAGCGAAGCUGCUUCGACCUUCAAGACUACGCAGACCACCUCUCUCGUCAUCCCUCAAGGAAAUCAUAAGCUCCACGUUAAUAGCGCAAAGGACGCUCCUGCCAAGCGCUUCUUGAGGAAGACGAGCAAAACCGAUGAAGACAACGAGGACAGAGCAUUUUCGAUUCCCAGUUUGGCCAAAAGAUUGGGCAACAAAAUCAAGAGACUAGCAAAGUACAAUUGGUGGAUUUUUACGAACAAAAAACCACAAGAAGUCACUGAUCCUCGCUACCAGGGAUACUGGAAUUUUUACCACGACAGAAUGACGCCUGGGGGAAAGUAUCAUUAG